AAAUCAAUAUUUUAUUUCAUAUAUUCAAAAUACCAUUUCAACAUAUAGUCGUUGAGUUGUUUAAAUUGUUGCGAGGUUUUACCACAGAAACGUUUGACCUUUGUCGUUUUCCACAUCUCAGUCCGAACCCAGCGUGUUUCAGUUGCUUACUGGCCGUGGCGCCUACCACACUACCCGGAAUUGGUCUUCAGUCCUGCCCGCCAAGAUUCCAUCACUUUUGCCAAGCACGUGGUCUCCAGGCCACGCUGCAGACUUCUCUACAGACAGACCUGUGGCUUCUGUGCCCCUCCCAAAUCUACAGUCAAACCUGCUCACAGCACCCAGGCCAAUGCCAGGCUCUCCAACUGCGCGUCUUCGGGUGGGGCAGUCUGCUGAAGGAGCACCAUGGAUUCUCAAACUUUGCUUCCUGCACCUGGGUGCCCGAGAAUGGCAUGGGAGAGCCAGGGGCACCCACAGCAUGAGUGGGUUGGCGACCCCAGACAGCAAUCAGGAGAAGAAAAGGACACUGCUGCAGUUCCUCUCAGACCACUUCCAUGACGUCCAGACUCUGAGAGAGUACUUGCUCCAGAAACAGAUCUCAAAAGUCAACAUGGAGAAUCGAUCCUACAGGAAGAUCCAGGAGAGAUACGGCCCAUACAUCACAGGUGCUCACUUCAUCCUGAAGCAGGGAGGCGCAGUGAAGUUUCAGGGCAGAGAUUGGAUCCGGCCCAAUGACCGUGGCCAUUCUAUUGCCGAGCUCCAGAAGGUGCCUGUGGAGGCUGUGGAUGCCAGUGGCUGUGCCAUCAACUACCAGGGCCUCAGUAACCUCUUGCCCCUGAAGGAGCUACGGUCCCUGUCCCUUCAGCGCUGCCCCAACUUGGACGACUGGUGCCUCAGCCGCCUCUACCUACUGGCUGGUUCACUGCAGGAGCUCUCUCUGGCUGGGUGCCCCAGAAUCUCAGAACGAGGCCUUGCCUGUCUCCACCACCUCCAGAACCUCCGCAGGCUGGACAUCUCAGACCUCCCUGCCGUGUCCCACCCAGGUCUCACUCAGAUCCUAGUGGAAGAGAUGUUGCCCCAUUGUGAGGUCCUUGGAGUUGAUUGGGCCAAGAGUCUGAAGCUGGGGCCAGACGAUCAACCUCCCGACACAUCUAGUCCUCUCUCUUCCUAGCCUGUGGCCUGGUUCUUGAAGAGUCUUUUGGGCUCUGUGGGGUGUCUGAAGUCUCAUACUCUGGCUUCUGGUAUAGUUCAUUCAGCACAGAGGAGCACGGGCAGAUAAGAAGACUGAAUCAAGAUGGACUCAGCUGCAUGCAGCUCCAUAUUUUCCCAUUAUUCCUGUUUGUCAAGAUUUCCCCCACUCUCCCCAUACAUGUUGACAGGCUAACAUGAGACUGUGGUAGUUCUUCCCGCUGCCUACACUGACUAAGGACCAGCAGCACCCAAGCCCCAUGGCAUUACCCACUGAUUUACUGACUUACACCUUCAAAUGUGGGUGUCCAAGUGUGUCUGCCUACCCACCCCGAAAUGGAGAUGAGAAAAUAUUCUCUUCACCUGGCACAACAGACUUGGUCAGUAGAGGGCGCUGGAGAGAAUCCAAAGUGAAGAGGACUGCAGGGACAGAAAGUGUACAGCAUGUAGCAGGGCAGUUCCCCAGCACCCAGACUGCUGGGUGGCCAGCAGCUUCCCCUGGCACCCCUGUUACCAGUGGCUCUGUCAUGACUCCAACACACCACUGAAAUGUGUGGUUCUUUAAACUUCCGCUGUUCACAUUACCCUGUGGCUUUCCCUCCCAGCUGGAUCCAGAUGGCCCCAGAUGCAAAGUUCUGGGGAUAAAGAGUCAAGAUGGGUCUGGGAGGUCUGGGUCUUCAUGCAUGGGCACAGCAGUAAGUUCCUUGCUGAAAAAAUAAACACAGGAUGCCAUAAAUCCUGUCAUGCAGGGCAUCCCAGACGACCUGCGGUGGAUGCCAAGCUGCCAACUGCAGCAUGUGCCAGCCGACAGCUGUGGCUGAAGAGAUGGCUUGGGUGCUGGCAUUUGGAGGAGGGGUGCAUGUGUCAGAGCUCCUGUGAUAACCCCAGAAGCUCAUUCAUGGAAUGGAGUCGGACUCAUAAUCAGGCCUUGUCCCUUGUCCCCACCCACUUCAAGGCUAUUUUGCCAAUACAAGGAACCACCAGAACCAUCCUAGUGAUAGCCUUGACUGGGCCCCAGCUUUGAAAGGAAUGCCCAUUAUUAAAGAUUUAUUUGUUCAUUUG